AUGGCUUCUUUACUACUAUAUAUUGCUUUGGUCUAUUUCACCGGCUCUGUAUCAGCAGCAAUACCACACCCUUACGCUGCUACAUACUUACGUCCUGAACAUCGGAGUACUGCGAUGACACGCAAAUUUGCAGAAGAACUGCCCUUGAAUAACUAUGACUUCGAGAUUGUACCAAGAGAUCAGUACGCGUUAGCAGAAUACGACGACCCAAGAGACUCUUUGUCUCUUUUCGACAUAAUUCCUCUACCCACUCCUAUUACUUUUCUCGCAACAAUAGCCUCAAAAGCCUUGUCAGUAGGUGCAUGGUUACUCUCCAACUCAGGGUUUAUGCUAGCUGGAGCAGCAUUAGUCGUUGGAUUCUGUGCAUUCACUCCAUAUUGCACCCUUGUUAUAGAAAAACCCUUUGUGACACAAAUAAGAUCUCUCAAUAUUCCUUACCUCGACAAUGUAGAAUAUUUCUUCAGGCAAGCUUACGAAAAAUACCACAAGUGA